UUGCGAAUAAAACUAUACACGGAUUGUAGUGCUUUACUCCUGCGGCUGAUACUUGUAACUUUGAAAAAUGGAACAAAGUCAGGUUGAAGGUAAAAAGAGAAAGAGAAAAUGAAAAAAAGGAGCAUUGACUCAUACAGUCUUGCAAAAAUGUUGCAGUUCAACCUGUAGAGCAAGUCACAAUCAAGGAUCUUUAACUAUUUCAGAUGAGAUGAAUUUGUAAACAAGGAGCUAGAUAUAGCUGUAGACAUAAUGGAGAUCAAUUAAUGUAAGUGUAAAUGGGUAUUUUCUAACUAAGAAUUAUGUUGGCACAUUUGGACAUCCCUGCCUACACCUGUUUGUGUGAUGAGAAUGUUUAUGGUUGUUGAUUUCCCUCAUAAGAAUUGAAACUCUGGCACAUUGUGUAAGACUCUUAAUAAAACCAGGGGCAUGCACUAGAGCUGCAUUUGCAUCGCACUGAGUACGGAUAUUGGAAUCAAAUGCAUCACAUAACCUGAGGUUUCUCAGUUUAGAAAGCAUGAUAUGCCUCAUCUGUCACAACAAAGAGAAAGACAAACACACGGCAAAGAGAUAGACGAGGCCGGCUGGUGUCGGCAGGGAAGGCAACAUUGCAAUCUAGAGCUAAUAGGAAAACAAAUUGUGGUCCAGCUUUGCCAUCUCAAGAUGUAGUGUUGUCGUUUUUUUUCUUCCAUCUGAAUGUCACUUCAAAGUUUGUGUAUGUGGGCAUUUUUUAUGAAAUUGGGAAGCAAUCACACUGAUAAAUCACAUGCUCAAUGAACACACAACUUGAAUUUUUGUCAGGCCUCUGUGGCACUUCUAAAAAAAAAUGACAUGCCUGAAGAUUCAAAACAAGUACACACAUUACAGCCUGUUCUCUGUGUAAAACUGAGGAACAUCAUAGUCCCAAAGGCACAGGCUGAGAUACAUUUUAAGAUUAAUACCACUGGUUGUAUUAUCCACUUAGAAGGAGAGAUAAAGUGUAGGUAGCAUCAACAGUGAUCGAAUGUGUCUGCCUUUCAGUAGCCUAGGUUGUGAUUCUGAAGGCAUUCAUUGAGUCAAGUCUUUUUAUGCUGUGUAAUUUAAUAGUCAGAAAAGCUGGAUGACAGAGAAAAUAGCAACUCAUUUGACAGCUCAAUAUGUCGAUGGUGAUGCCGAAAUGCUGAAGGAAAGUGUUUCUGAAUUCAAAUACUCUGGAUUAGACGAGACAGAAUUGAAAUGGAACAGUGAACAGCGAGGCUGUUAUCCAACUUGUUCCCUGUCAGGCCGUGGGCAUUCAUCAGAAUGAGAUGUUAAUGUAUAAGAGAAGCAUUUUCUUCUGUUUUUGAAAAGAAAUCUUUUAGAAAUCUUAACCCUUAUGUAGCAGCAGAUCCUCCUUAUGUGUACACUUACAUAACAAAAUCUAAUGUGUAUUUCAAUGGUAUUUGCACUCCUCACUCAACAGUCAUACCUGUCCCAAACUCCCAACCCAAACUAAAUCUCUAAAUCUCUUUCAGGUUUAAACACACAUUCUGUAAUGGACAUGCAUGCACACAGCAACAUACGACACACCUCCAAACCCCAGAGAGAGAGAGAAAAAAAUGGGAAGAGGAUACACAUGCAGCCAAAGUUCAGAUCAUCAGGAACCUCAUCCCACCAACCCCGCCUGGUCUUCUGAGGAGCUCUUUCAUCUCCUUUAGCCUCCUCCGUCCCCUCCUCCACCUCUAAGGCAGCAGUCAUGAACUGGUCUGCAUUGGAGGCACUCCUCAGUGGGGUCAACAAGUACUCCACCGUGUUUGGCCGCGUCUGGCUCUCCAUGGUCUUCAUCUUCCGGGUGAUGGUGUUCGUGGUGGCGGCCCAGCAAGUGUGGAACAACAAGGACUUUGCCUGUAACACGGCACAGCCGGGCUGCGCAAGCGCGUGUUACGACCACAUCUUCCCAAUCUCCCACAUCCACCUGUGGGCCCUGCAGCUCAUCUUCAUCACCUGUCCAUCACUGAUGGUGGUGGGGCACGUCAAGCAUCGUGAGAGGAAGAACAUGCAGUACACCGCCUUGCACAAGGGUGCUCAUCUGUAUGUUAACCCUGGGAAGAAACGUGGGGGCCUGUGGUGGACUUACCUGGUGAGUCUGAUUUUCAAGGCAGGCUUUGAUGCUGGCUUCCUUUACCUCCUGUACUACAUCUAUGAUGGUUACGACCUGCCCCUCCUGUCCAAGUGCUCCCUGGUGCCGUGCCCCAAUACAGUGGACUGCUACAUAUCAAAUUCCACUGAGAAGAAGAUCUUCACCCUCUUCAUGGUAGUCUCCUCUGCUGUCUGCAUCUUAUUGUGUAUCUGUGAGAUGGUUUACCUCAUCUACAAACGCAUCCACAAACUCAUUAGGAGGAAGACUGAGGCAGAGAGGCAGAUGUUCAGGUCCAAAAAGUCAAUCACAGUGGACCCUACAGCCUCUAUCCACAACUGUAUUAACUACAAGCCUGAGGAGUGGCUAUCUAAGAAAUAAUAAUGUACAAUAUGGCAGCGGUCAUGUUGAAAAACUGAGCAAAGUAGAGUUUUUGUUUUGUAAAUUGUAUCAUGUUAAAUGACUUUCUGCAGUAAUGCACGCCUUGUGCAUGCAAAUUAACCCCUCAAAAAGGAUGAUUACAGAGGAAGUUAAAGGGUUUAGAGAAUUUUUUGGAAUCUGUUAUAUCAGGUACUUGUUAAAUAAAACUAUCCGUAUAAAAGACCCCCAGUGAUGUAAAUACAGUAUGCACACAGAGCUCUUCCUUCAGGGGUAACACAGAAAUCAGAAAGUAGAAAUCACUUAAAGGUUUUUUGUUCUCAGAUAUAUGCAUCACGAAGAAAAUGCUCUUUAUUGUUCAGUAGUUACUUUGAAUCCUUUUGACAUUUUGUGUUCUCACACUAUUAGAUCAUGAAUGCUUAAUGAAGGUAUGAUCUAUUUAUGAACAAAUUCCAGAUAUCUUUUGUACCCACAAAUGUGGUUAUUUGAAUUAAAAAGAAUGAAGUAAGAUUUUAGAUAAUACAUUUUGUUUUACAUUUUCUAUUUAUUGUUGUGAUCUAUAAAGUUAU